AUGAGCAAAUACAAGACAAAUGGGACGGACUGUGCGGAGAAAUGGGAGGAAAGAGUUGCAUUUGUACUGCCACCUUCGGAGAGACGAAUCUCUUGCUUCAUUGAACCCUCGGAGGCUGCAUUGGCAACCCAUGAAACUACUCUCAAAGAUAAGAGGACCAAGAAAGACACGGCUUCCUUGAUAUACACCGACGGCAGUGGCUUCGAAGGCCAUAUUGGUGCAGCUGCCGUUAACAUCCAUGACGGUGACACCGUCAUCUCCGACCGCAGACAUCUCGGCACGGAGGGCCAGUCCACGGUGUACGCUGCCGAGCUCAGCGGCAUCGAAAUGGCUUUGGACAGGGCCAUACGCGACAACAAGGCCAACAUGGUUAACGGAACAAAACGCAAUACGGCUCGAGAGGUGAUCAUUCUCUCCGACAGCCAGGCCGCCAUCCAGGCGGUCCAAAACCCACAGCGACCAUCGGGCCAGUACGUUCUCAACUGCAUUUAUGAACAUGUACGGACCAUUCAGUCGCAAUCAACGAACAUCACCCUCCGCUGGAUCCCCGCCCACGUUGGGGUGCCUGGCAAUGAAGCUGCGGAUAGCAGUGCAAAAUACGUGGCACUCGAGGUUGCGGGAGGUGCGACCGGCGGGGGCGGUACCGGAGCGGAUCAACCAACGAUCCGGCUCGCUGCGGCUGCCAAGAGAAUGGUCCGGGAGCGGAUCCAGGACCGCUGGAAGAAGCAGUGGGAGAGCGAGAGGACCGCUCAGCCCACAAAGCGAUUGGUGGAGUGGCCAAGCAAGAAGACCCUACGCUUAUACGAAUGA